GAUGCGCUUCUUCUCCGGAAUCCUCGUUUUCGUGUCUGCCAUUGUGGCCGUCUCCUCCCUUCCUCUGGAUGUUGAAGGAGCAAUCGUUGCUCGCGAUGGCGAUAUCGUUGCGCGACUACCCCCUCCUACUCAGUCAUGGAGACGUGAGGCUGAAGCAGAGGCUGAAGCCGGCGCUCCAACUGUGCCGUGGAGGCGCAUGCCUGAGGCCGAUGCCAAUGCCGAGGCAGGUGCUCCAACCGUCGCCUGGAAGCGUGUAGCAGACGCUGAGGCUGGUGCUCCGACUGUUUCCUGGCGGCGCAACGCUGAGGCCGAGGCAGGCGUUCCCGUGCAGUCAUGGAGGCGCAAUGCUGAAGCUGAGGCUGAGGCCGGUGCUCCCAUGCAAUCAUGGAGGCGAGCAGCGGCGCCAGCGAGGCAAGGUUUCCCAACCGUCCCGUGGAAGCGCGAGCUUGGGGAGUCGGCUUG